CUUCUGCCUUUGCAGAAACACACUGAGGAGGUCACCAGGAUGCGGAAUGUUGAGAGGCCAGUGCGAGAAAUCGAGGCCAAGUACGACAAGAAGAUGAAGAUGCUUCGGGAUGAGCUUGACCUGCGGAGAAAGACCGAGAUCCACGAGGUGGAGGAGAGGAAGAACGGCCAGAUCAACAUGCUCAUGCGGCGGCACGAGGAGGCGUUCACCGACAUGGAGAACUACAACGACAUCACGCUCAACAACCUGGCCCUCAUCAACUCCCUCAAGAACCGGCGCCUGGCAGACCUUCCGCAGAAGGCUCGGGAGGAGAUGAACGAGAUGCAGAAGAGGUUCGGGAGCCAUGAGAGGCACAAGCAGAUCCUGGUGGUGAGUUUCUGCCGAACUCACCCCUGUUCUUUCUGGUUGUUAUUUUUGGCCCUGCAGUGGGGGCACAAGGUGCUGGAGCAGCAAUUCGUCCAGGAGCAGCAGGAGUGGGACGAGCUGUACCGCAGGUUCACCGCGGCUGUCCUGGGGCAGCAGAAGGCCGGCUUCAAGAACCUGGUCCUGGAGCGCAAGCUGCAGGCGCUGAGCACCGCCGUGGAGAGGAAGGAGGUGCUGGUGGCCUCCAGCCUGGACCCCAUGGCCCUGACGCUCGUGUCCCGCAAGCUGGAGGACGUUUUGGAGUCAAAGAACAGCGCCAUCAAGGACUUACAGUACGAGCUGGCCCGAGUCUGCAAGGCCCACAGCGACCUGCUGCACACCUACGAGGCGAAGCUCCUGGCCUUCGGGGUUCCCCUGGAUAACGUGAGCUUCAAGCCCCUGGAGACGACCGUGGUCGGGCAGACACUGGGGCAGGGCCCCGUGGGACUCGUGGGCACGCCAACGUAGCCCCCGCCUGGGACUUCUCCCUGGACGACACCCCCUUUAUACAGCAAGGACAGCAGGUGUGUGUUUUUGAGAUUUGUCUGGUCAGCAAAUGAAGGCUUUCCACGUUG